AUGGCCACGGGAUCGCGCUACGCCGGGCAGGCGGUCAUUGUGACCGGGGGCGGGCGCGGCGUCGGAGCCGGGAUCCUGCGAGCCUUCGGCCUUAACCAAGGCUCGAGGCCCCAAGUAGUUAUCUGUGACAAAGAUGAGCUGGGGGGCCAGGCGCUGGAGCAGGAGCUUCCUGGAACUGUCUUUCUCCUCUGUGACGUGACUUGGGAGGAAGAUAUGAGGACCCUCAUUUCUGAGACUGUCCGCCAUUUUGACCGCCUGGAUUGUGUGGUCAACAGCGCCAGCUACUGUGACCCACCUCCACAGUGGCCCGAGGAGACUUCCGCCCAGGACUUCCGGCAGCUUCCGGAGCUGAACCUGCUGCGGACAUACGCCUUGACCAAGCUUGCCCUCCCGCACCUGCGGAGGAGCCGGGGGAACGUCAUCAACAUCUCCAGCCUGGUCGGGGCCAUUGGCCAGUCCCAGGCAGCUCCCUACGUGGCUACCGAGGGGGCGCUGACAGCCAUGACCAAGGCCUUGGCGCUGGACGAGUCAUAUGGCGUCCGAGUCAACUGUAUCUCUCCAGGAAACAUCUGGACCUCACUGUGGGAGGAGCGGGCAGCCUCAACGCCUGACCCCCAGGCCACAGUCUGAGAGGGCAUAAUGGCCCGGCCCCUGGGCCGCGAGGGCCAGCCAGCUGAGGUGGGGGCUGCCGCCGUGUUCCUGGCUGAAGCCACCUUCUGCACCGGCAUCAAGUUGCUGGUGGCCGGGGGUGCGGAGCUGGGGUAUGGGCGCAAGGCCGGGGCCCUCAGCUUGACCUCCACCUGGGACUGCAACUCCCAGCAGACUUUGCUGCGGGAGCUUCCGCCAGGGGCUCCAGAGAAAAGUGCUGCAGGUUGGCUUCACCAGUGA